AUGACGGGUUUGAAGAGGAAAGUCACAAAUGAAAACAAUCACAGUAUGGAAAAAGGGAGAGAAUUUAAGAACAGGAAGGGAAAUAAUUCAAGCUCAAGGACGAAAGGAAAGGAGCAAAAUAGGCCUCGACGUGGGCCUCGCUUGCCAAAUGCAUUGCGGAAAGAGCUCAAUCUCUUAAACCCUGCAAUUGAAAGGGGAUUUUCGGAUGGUGACGAAGAUAUUAAUUUUGGCGAUAUAGUUGGCAAUGAUGUGUAUAAAUACGAAGAAGGCAUCCCGGAAGAGGAAUCAAAGAAGAAUAAGCGGUUCGACCCCGUUGACAACUAUGAGUAUGAGCUUCCUAAAGAUUUUGAGCCUCCGCCUGACCGCCUCUGCUCUCCUCCACCUCCAGCCUCCAUUUCAAAAUUAAACGGUUUACUGUGCCGCGCCGCCACCGACGACGAGCGGCGUUGUACCGGGAUUGUGAUAAGAAAAUGCGCGUUGUGA